GUUGGACAGAAUGUGUGAAAAUAUUCAAUCAACGUGGAAAAAAUGAGGAAAACAAGUCUGUCUCUUAGUGCACCGAAUACCAAGGCUUAUAUAAAGGGCCAUUGGAAGAUUGAUUAAGAGCACUCUAAACCAGAAACAAGUCUCUGUGUCUCAUUCUGAUCUGCAUUCUGUAGUAAUAAAGAAAACAUAGAGUUGAAGAAGAUGAGUUUCAAGUUGGAGAUUUUAGGGUUUUUACUUUUGAAUUUCUUUGUUCUUUCGAUGGCUCAGAGCCUCCGUACUGUCAACUGGGUUCUGGAAGAAACUAAUUAUACGAGGUUAUGUAGCUCCAAGAAGAUAUUGACAGUCAAUGGACUAUUUCCAGGGCCUACUUUGCAUGUUCACAAGGGUGAUAGGUUGAUUGUGAAUAUUCAAAAUCAAGGGGCUUACAAUGUCACCAUUCAUUGGCAUGGAGUGAAGCAACCAAGAAAUCCAUGGUCAGAUGGUCCAGAGUAUAUCACACAAUGCCCCAUCAAACCAGGAGCAAAUUUCAGCUAUGAGAUCAUAUUCUCAACUGAAGAAGGUACCCUUUGGUGGCAUGCCCAUAGUGACUGGUCUCGAGCCACAGUUCAUGGUCCCAUCAUUGUCUACCCUGCAAAUGGAACCACUUACCCAUAUUCUAAGCCCUCUGAAGAGUUUCCCAUUGUUUUGGCAUCAUGGUUUAAGGGAGAUGUGAUGGAGUUAAUUCAAUCUGCCCUUGAAAGUGGAGGCGAACCCAACCAGUCGGAUGCUUUCACCAUCAAUGGGCAACCAGGAGAUCUCUACAAUUGUUCCAAACCCGGGACAUUCAAAAUAAUGGUUGAUUAUGGAAAGACUUAUCUUCUUCGUAUCAUCAAUGCAAUUAUGAACGAAGAAAUGUUCUUUAAGGUAGCCGAACACAAUCUCACAGUUGUUGGAAUGGAUGGUGCCUACAUCAAACCUAUAUAUACCGACUAUAUCAUGAUAACCCCUGGACAAACCAUGGAUGUUUUGAUCACUGCAAAUCAGAGCCCAAGCGAAUAUUAUAUGGCUGCGAGAGCAUAUGCGGGACUUCAGUAUGAUAAUACCACCACAACUGCAAUAGUUCAAUAUAGUGGAAACUAUACAGCACCAUCAACACCUGCAUUUCCUAUCCUUCCUAAUUAUACUGAUAUUGAUGCUGUAACGAAUUUUACCCGUCAAAUGAAGGCCUUAAACAGCAAGGACCACCCAGUUGAUGUCCCACAAACAGUUGAUACAAAACUCUAUAUAACUCUUUCAGUGAACACACUUCCUUGUGUCAACAGUUCUUGUGAUGGACCCAAUGGUGAUAGGCUAGCAGCAAGUUUGAACAACAUGAGUUUUGUGACCCCAGAGGUUGAUGUAUUACAAGCAUACUACAGCCAACUUAAAGGGUUUUACACGACAGAUUUUCCGAGUCAACCACCUUAUUUUUUCAAUUUUACAGCUGAUGAUGUAUCGGAUGAUUAUUUGACACCAAAAAAUGUGACUAAGGUUAAGGUUUUGGAGUUCAAUUCGACUGUGGAGAUAGUGUUCCAAACUACUAAUGUGAUGAAAGCAGCAGAAAAUCAUCCAAUGCAUUUGCAUGGUUACAGCUUUUAUUUUGUUGGUUUUGGUUUUGGAAACUUUAACAAUGAAACUGACCCUACAGGGUACAAUCUGGUUGAUCCACCAGAGGUAAACACUGUUGGGGUCCCUACAAAUGGAUGGGCUGCCAUCAGAUUUAGAGCUGAUAAUCCAGGGGUGUGGUUCAUGCACUGUCAUUUAGAAAGACAUUCUAGUUGGGGAAUGGAUACAGUGCUAAUUGUCAAGAAUGGCACCACUACUGAAGCAAGUAUGCAGGAUCCCCCUCCUUACUUGAAUCCUUGCUAAUUUGGAGCUAAUGCAUUUGUCAAGUGGUCGAAAAAACAUCGAAUGCUAUUUGGUUCUAGCCAAGUCUACAUUGUGAAAGAUUUUCUGUUUCAUUCAAUGGGAAUAAGUUUGUUGCAAUUCAGUUUGAAAAAAAAAAAAACUUUUAGAAUCAUUCUAGUCCUUUAAUUUAUUAUAUACUCUAGUUAUUAUCAUCAAACAAGAUGGUUAUAUGUCCUGCCGUCAUGGGAGUGGUAGAAUGCUUGGUGUGAUUCAUAUUAAGGAUGUUGUCUUAAAAUAUAUUUAUUUGUAUCA